UAUUAUCGUUUCUAUUACUUUCUAACCUCACUUUCAAUUCAACAGCGAAUCCGAAAUCAGCUGUAGAAUAAAUAACAAUAUUAUAACAAUAUAAAUUGUUGAAACACAAAAAAAAAUAAACAUGUUUGGCAGAUUGUUGACAAAUAUUUAUCAAAAAUUACCGACAAUCGGUGUUCUUUCUCAAGGCUACAUAAAUCCAAUGAUAAAUCAAACACGAUCAGUAAGUGGAGCAUUAAAAGGAAUUCGUUGGGAUCCAAUGCCAAUUCAUAAAGUAUUGAGAUGUAGAUUUCCACGACCAAAAGAAACAAAACGUGUUAAACAAGGUUUCAAAGCAAGAAUGUCAACACUUCAUGGACGUAAAAUUAUCAUGAGACGUAUUUUAAAUGGAAAAAGUAUUUUAACACAUUAAUAUUCUAAUAAUAAUUAUAUAAUUGAUACAAAAAGAAAAAUAAACAAUAACAUUGCUU